AUGGCAAGCGAAGGGUACCCGGAGGGUGAGGCCAAGGCCAAAGUCAAAAAGCCUAGGCCUCUCCCCCCGCCACCGCCCCCAUCCCUGGCCACAGCGUCCCUUCUGGUGCGGGGCGCAGCUGCGCGUGUCCUGGGCCUUCAGCCCGGGCCCUGUGGGGGUGAGCUGCAACCCAUUUGGGUCUCCGAGCCCGGAUGCUCUAAGCUGACCAUGAGCUUGGAGGGCUCCACACGGUCGCCAUUCCCGAAAGACGAGCUGCACAGCGCGCUGCUGACCGCCCUUGAGGCCGAGACGAACCGCCUCGCUGCAGAGGGCGGGGCCAUCGCAGUUUGGGAGAUGGACAGGCCCGAGGCGGAAGCCAAGUAUGGUGAGGCCAUCUACGAGCCCAAGUCACAGCGUCCAGAAAAGUUGCGGCUGGCGCAUCUGCCUGGAGCCGCCCUUCUGGAGAUCCCCAACAACUGGACACUGUGUUCUGCAAUGGGCGACUGCGGCAAGAUCGAGUUUUUGCAGAAGGAGGUCGAAGCUGGCUCCAAGAAAAAGCCUGAUACCAUGAUCAUGGCAAAAAAGAAGCAGGUAAUCGUGAAGUUUAGCGUUCAGAACCCCGACGCAGCUGCGGCUGACAUGCAAGGAGAUGCACCCAGCGAAGAAGUGGCAAAGACACUUUCCGACAACACUGUCCGUGUGGCCGUUGUCGGCGUCGAUGUGCCCGAUGCCGCCAAGGAGGCAGCCAAGGCUUCCACUGCAGCAGCGGCUCCUACCGAAACCGAAGAGCAGGAGGCUGGCGAAAUGGUGGUCGAUCCUUGGUCCGUGAAGGGCAAGAUCGACUAUGAGAAGCUGGUGCGGGACUUCGGCUCCACGAAGAUCUCCCCGGAACUGUUGGAGAGGAUCCGGAAGCUGACGGUGGGAACAGGCCGAGUGUCUGACUUGCACUGCUGGCUGCGGAGAAACAUCUUCUUCUCCCACCGUGAGCUGGACGCAAUCUGCGCCCUGCAGGAGAAAGGCAUGCCCUUCUACCUCUACACUGGUAGAGGCCCGAGCUCAGCAGCCAUGCAUCUGGGGCACUUGCUGCCUUUCAUGUUCACCCAGUGGUUGCAGAAGGCCUUCAAUGUACCACUGGUCAUCCAGAUGACAGAUGAUGAGAAGUUCCUGUGGAAGGGUGAGUACGAUCCGGAGAAGGGAGACAAUCUGGGUCUGUACCGGCGAUACACGGUGGAAAAUGCCAAAGACAUCAUCGCCUGCGGUUUUGACAAAAGCAAGACCUUCAUCUUCUCCGAUUGCGAGUAUGUGGGACACAUGUAUCCCAACAUCGUGCGAACUUGGAAAGCGAUUACGUACAACACAGCGAAAUCCGCAUUCGGCUUCCAGGGAGACUCGAACAUUGGGCAGUCUGCUUUCCCGGCCAUCCAGGCGGUUCCAUCCUUCUCCUCGUCUUUCAGAGUACCCCUUGGGGACAAUGAGCGUUUGCCGUGCUUGAUCCCGUGUGCCAUUGACCAAGAUCCAUACUUCCGGGUCACUCGAGACAUUGCCCACAAGCUGGUUCCGAAGGACCAUCCUCUCAAGGGCAAGCCUUCGUUGAUCCAUUGCAAGUUCUUCCCACCCUUGACCGGGGCCGAUGGCAAGAUGGCGGCCUCGGACACGAACACCGCCAUCUUCCUGACAGACACGCCAGAGGAAAUUGAGAAGAAGAUCAAGCAAUAUGCUUUCUCAGGUGGCAGGCAAACGGCCAAGGAGCAAAAAGAGAGAGGAGCCGAUCUCGACGUGGACGUGUCAUACCAGUGGCUCAAGUUCUUCUUAGACGACGAUGUGGAACUCCGGAAGAUAGAGGAGCAGUACGGAUCAGGAAAGGGAGAGGAGUACUGGAACACCGGACAGGUGAAGAACAAGCUCAUUGAGGUGCUGAAGGUAUUGGUGAAGCGACAUCAGGAGAUCCGGGCCAAGAUCACUGACGAGGAGGUGGCGGAGUGGCAGCAUCCCAAAAGAAAAGCCCGCAGGGCACACGACACAGCAUCGAACACAACAGUAGACGGCGCAUUCUGUCCUCUGAGUCGGAUCCCGAGGUUCUGCACCAAGGGCAUGGUUGGCUGCUUUAUGAGCCACCGCCGGAUCUGGCAAAAGGUUGCUGACGAGGACUUGCCGGCAGUUGUCGUGCUGGAGGAUGAUGUCCGGCUCGUUAACGGCUUCAAGAAUCGCCUGGGCGAGCUCAUGUCAAACCUGCCAGAAGACUGGGAGGCUGGGGGUGUGAUUACAAAUAUGGAUGGAUUCUCGCUUCACUGCACGAAGCCGGCAUGCAAACACAGGUUUGCCUGCUUGGUGCGAUCGUCUCUCGUCAGCACCGGAUUGGUUCGCCAGAUCAGUGCGGCAGAGUGUGCAGAUGGCAACGUCAAUCCCGUGAAGGAGCCGUCCUACAUGAAGUGGCUCAGACGGAGAGAGAUGGGUUAA